GACUUUAACUGAGGCUUUCAGUGAGCUGCUCAACAGUAAAUAACAUUAUGCUGACAAAAGCAGCAGCAAAACCAUGGACAAAGGUUCGGGGUAGCAGAGUUCAAGCCUCUCGGGGAUGCUGUUGUUUUUGAUUUCCCACCAUCAUUCAGAAAUCCUUUAACAUUAUUUAAAGACAGCAGUGCGUCAUGUGAGCACAUUAAACCCCUUUGUCCUGGAAAGCUGGAGCGGAUACAGAGCCCUUUGGAUUCUUCACUUGCAGCUGCCACGGCGUGUGUGCAGAGGUAGACUAACCUCGAAGCUUCCUUUUUGAUCACUGUCCGGCUGGCAUCAGCAGCAAUUGUUGUAGGUCUCUCUUGCGUGGUAGGAUGUUCAGUUCCCUCUUUCUUCUCGUGUAUAUGGCUUCACAUCUGAAUGGAAACCAUUUCUGAUUCAUUUAUAUCUGCACGGGAGAAUUUGACAGCUGCAGCAGGGUUUGCAUGAAGAAGAUUUACAAGUACAAGAAAGUGCUUAGUAACCCAAGCCGUUGGGAGGUUGUUUUGAAGGAGAUUAGGACACUGGUGGACAUGGCGCUAAACUCUCCACUACAAGAUGAUUCUAUCCAUCAAGCACCACUGGAGAUUGUCUCAAAGCUGCUCUCAGAGAACACCAACUUAACCACUCAAGACCAUGAGAGCAUUAUUGUGGCAAUUGCACCUUUGCUGGAAAACAAUCACCCUCCACCUGACCUCUGUGAAUUCUUCUGCAAGCACUGCAGAGAACGCCCUCGGUCCAUGGUUGUCAUAGAAGUGUUCACACCGGUGGUACAAAGAAUCCUCAAGCACAACAUGGAUUUUGGGAAGUGCCCUCGGUUGAGGCUGUUUACUCAGGAGUAUAUUCUGGCUUUGAAUGAACUGAAUGCCGGUAUGGAGGUGGUGAAGAAGUUCAUUCAUAGCAUGCACGGUCCCACUGGACAAUGCCCCCAUCCCAGGGUCCUGCCGAAUCUUGUAGCUGUCUGCUUAGCAGCCAUUUAUUCUUGUUAUGAGGAAUUUAUCAACAGUAGAGACAAUUCUCCAAGCCUGAAGGAAAUUCGGAACGGCUGCCAGCAGCAAUGUGACCGAAAGCCUAACUUACCCCUCCGGCUUCUCCACACGAGUCCCGACCUGGUCUCUCAAGAGGCCAACUUGAGUGAAUCUCGCCUCAAAUCGGUCAUUGUCACAUCGAAUGAGAUCCACGUGGAAGUGGAGCGUAACAACACAGCUAACCAGAAGAUGACGGCGAACGUCGGCAACGAUAGUGAGCCCAAUCUGAUUGAUUGCCUGAUGGUCAGCCCCACCUGUAGCACCAUGAGCAUCGAGCUGAGUGCCCAGGCAGACAGGAUCCUCGGCUGCUACGUGGAAAUACUCAAAAUGCUGUCGGACUAUGAUGACUGGAGACCAGCUCUGGCCAGCUUGCUUCAACCUAUCCCAUUUCCCAAGGAGGCUCUUGCACAUGAAAAAUUCACAAAGGAGCUGAAAUAUGUGAUUCAGAGAUUUGCGGAAGACCCAAGACAAGAAGUCCACUCGUGUUUGCUGAGUGUGCGGGCUGGCAAAGAUGGCUGGUUCCAGCUAUACAGUCCUGGGGGAGUGGCCUGUGAUGACGACGGAGAACUAUUUGCCAGUAUGGUACGUGUCUGCAAUAACGUUCAUAUUUUAAUGGGGUCUUGUUAUAAGACCAAAAAAUUCCUGCUUUCGCUGGCUGAAAACAAACUUGGACCCUGCAUGCUCCUGGCUCUGAGAGGCAACCAGACCAUGGUGGAGAUUCUGUGUUUGAUGCUGGAAUAUAACAUCAUCGACAACAAUGACACGCAGCUCCAGAUCAUCUCUACCCUGGAAAGCACGGACGUGGGAAAGAGAAUGUAUGAACAGCUGUGCGAUAGGCAGAGGGAAUUAAAAGAACUGCAAAGGAAAGGUGGUCCCACACGGUUAACACUGCCAUCCAAAUCCACAGAUGCGGACCUGGCCCGGUUAUUAAGUUCAGGAUCCUUUGGAAAUUUGGAAAACCUCAGCCUGGCCUUCACCAAUGUAACGAGUGCCUGUGCUGAGCACCUCAUCAAACUGCCUUCGCUCAAGCAGCUGAACCUGUGGUCAACUCAGUUUGGAGAUGCAGGUUUGCGGCUUCUCUCUGAACACCUCACCAUGCUGCAAGUGCUCAACUUGUGUGAGACCCCCGUCACGGAUGCUGGGCUGCUGGCACUGAGCUCCAUGAAAAGCCUGUGUAGCUUAAAUAUGAACAGCACCAAACUUUCAGCCGACACCUAUGAAGAUCUCAAGGCUAAAUUGCCCAACCUGAAAGAAGUGGAUGUGCGCUACACCGAAGCCUGGUGAACUCUCUCUCUCUCCCUCUAGCUUCUGACAAGAAGAAAAAGAUUUUAAAAACAAAACCAGAAAAUAAAACAACUUUUGGCUAAUACCUGUAGAGCAAUGAGUUCUGGGACUUCACUUCUAGCAGUUGUGGUUGUGAGAUAGAGGAGUCGCUGUGUGUGGGGGAGGGUGAACUGAGCAUGCCCAGACCCUGCCUAAUUCUUUCAGCUUUGUAAUUUCAAAAUCAACAUAAUUUUAAAUUGGAAAAAAAAAACGACUUUGUAGCAGCAAGAGGAUUCUAAAGAGUGGGAAAAACUCCAUCUUUUGUGGAUUUUAUUUGCCUUUGUGUUUUAUGCUGUGUGGAGGAAAAAAACAGAAUACAUCAAUUUCUCAUGGUUUUAAUUGGGUUCCCUCAGCUGGAGUUCAUCCAUUAGAAACUCCUCCUCCUUCAUUGUGUGUGUUCCAGGAAGGCAACCUGUAAAACAUCCAGAAGAUAAAAAAAAAAAAAAACCACAUGAUUUGCACCUCUCCCUGUGUCCUUGCAAUUGUUAUGCAAAGUAAUUUUGUUGUACAUAAGAUUUACAUAAUGCACCUAUUUAAGAAAAUGGUUCACAAAUAACAGGUCUGGGACCUGUCUUUUAUUUAUGAAUUGUUAAUCCUUUUACUUUUUUUUUUUUUUUUUUUCCAUAUAGUACUGUAUUAACUAGUUUGCUGUCUUGGUUUUUUUUAAAGCCCUCCUUGAGGAAUUGCCUGUUAGUAAUGCAUACCAUACUAUAAUCUCACUCUGUGUCAGAACACUCGCCCCACUGCAUUUCUGAUUUAAAAAUGCCUCUAACAUCAUGCAGUCAGAAGGGAAAAUAUAUAUAUCUCAAAAGAGGGGGUGAAGGGAGAGGCACGGGUAUUAAUAAAAGACAUAAAUUUCAUUCCUGAAAGACUAAAAUCUUUCUCUGAGCCUUUUCAAGCCAUAUCAGGGUUAGGGGUUUGGGUGGGGGCAGGGAAACGUGUCAGUCAUUUUACCAAUGAGAUAUUUACAAAACUUGGUAAAUUUCACAAGUCACCUCUGUCAUUUUCUGUUUACGUCCAAUAUUUCAAAGAAAAGUUUUCCUGGAAUUUCGUGCAUAAGCUUUUUCUUUCCCCCUUUCCUUUCAUCAUGCACGCCUUGUUUUGCAUGUUCCUCUUGGGAGAGUGAGAAAUAACAUUGUCGCUGAUCUAAUAGCUCUGCUCUGUCUGUACAUGUGACCACUACUUUCCAGAUCUCUCUCCCUCCGUCCCCCGCCCCCUCCCAAUUGCUUAAAAAAUGAUAAACAAAAAUUGUGGUUUCUUUUAUAAAUAUGCUGUUGACUUUUUUUCAUAAUGAGCCUUUGUUGUACAGAGCAGCUUGGUUUUUUUUUUUUUAAUUUUUUUCUUUCAGUUUAGCACUGUUAUUUUAUUCUUGAGCACCUCAAGAUUUAACAUACAGCCAAUGUAAUUUUUUUAUAUAUAAAUAUAGAUAAAUAUAUAUAUAUAUAUAUCUUCAAUGGAAGCCAGGCUUUUGUUGCGGGGCUGGUUUGUUUGGGGGGCUUUUUAUUUUAUGGGUUUGUUUUUUUACUUUGUUGCUAGAUAGAUUACCCCUGCCCAAAUAUUCUUACCAAAAAAAAAAGAGAGAGAGAGGACAAUUGGUUCAAGUCUUAACCCACUUAGUAUGCCAGGUAUUUUUUUUUUCUCCCUCAAAUCCCAAAUCUGUAUAAGAACACAGCACGGGAAGAAAAGAAUAAAAGAAAUAAUUGAAAAAAUAUGCCAACAUUUUUCCUUAGCACUGUUGCUUUUACCAAUGGUUUACUACUGUUCUGUAGCUGUGUACAAAGAGAUGUGAAAUAAUUUCAGGCAAAAAUAAACUGUAAGUGAAUAUCUUUUAGCUG